AUGAUGGUUGGCUUCCCUUGUCUCAUGUACUACUUUUGGAUUUGUCUUGAGUAUCAUCAAGGUAAAUUAAUUACUCCCAAGUCUUAUACAAAAGAUGGUAUUGUGCAAUUCUUGUCUGAAGAAAUUAUUGCUAAAAUCAUGACUGGCGCUUUCCCUACUUUAUUUGCUAUCAAGACUUACAUGGGUUACAUUAUGAUCUCACUUACUUUGGCUUACAUCAUGCCCGGUCCUGUUGUUGAGGGUCUUCCAAUUCCUUCUUUGAAUGGUGCUAGACUCAAGUACCUUUGUAAUGGUCUAUCUCAAUGGUAUUUGACACUUGUUCUUGCUGUUAUUGUUCAUGUCACUGGUAUCUUCCGUUUGACCAGUAUUAUCGACAAUUUCGGUAGUAUUAUGACUGUUGCUAUGAUCUGGGGUUUCACUAUGUCCACCACUGUCUUUGUUACAUCUAUUUUAUCCGGCACUCAACACCGUAUGUCAGGUAAUCUCAUUUAUGAUUAUUUUAUGGGUGCUCCUUUGAACCCUCGUAUUGGUCAUGUUGACUUGAAGAUGUGGGCUGAAUGUCGUGUUCCUUGGGUUAUUUUGUUCUUCACUUCUGUUUCUUGUGCUUUAAAGCAAUAUGAAACUCGUGGUUACAUCACUGCUCCCGUUGCUUUUAUGGUACUUGCUCACUUUUUAUACUGUAAUGCCUGCCACAAGGGUGAAGAAUGUAUCCCUACUUCUUGGGACAUGUUCUUUGAAAAGGAUGGUUUCAUGCUCAUUUUCUGGAACAUGGCUGGUGUACCUUUUACUUAUGGUUAUUCCUCCAUUUACUUGAUGAAGUAUGACUUGACUACUGGUCAUGCUAUUACUCACAGCUUGCCUUACACUGUUACUAUCUUUGCUAUCUUAAUUUUCGCUUAUUAUGUCUUCGAUACUGCUAAUUCUCAGAAGAACCGUUUCCGUAUGGAACAAAAUGGCUCUUACUUUGACCGUAAUGCCUUCCCUCAACUCCCAUGGGGUAGAAUUAAGAACCCUACUUAUAUCAAGACUGAAAACGGUAAUUUGUUAUUGACUUCUGGAUGGUGGAAGUAUGCUCGUAAGCCACACUACACUGCUGAUUUAUUCCAAUCCCUUUCUUGGGGUUUGAUUACCGGUUUUGGCUCUUUCUUGCCUUACUUUUACUUCACUUUCUUCCUUUGCGUCUUGACCCAUCGUGUCUCAAGAGACAUUGAACGUUGUGCCAAGAAGUAUGGCAAGGACUGGGAAAAGUACUGUGAAGCAGUUCCUUACAUUUUUAUCCCUUACGUUUUCUAA